AUGGCUCGACCUCACUUUCACAUUGUCGUCCCUUCGACCGAACCUCGAAGCUCCCAGACUCCAGUCGUAGUAGACCCGGAUAGAGAUCCUAUAGUUGAUAUACCACACAACUACAAGAUGAGAUCCAUCCUCCAAGACCAAACAAACCCCGCAUCCGACGAUCCCUCACCGCACCUGUCCAAAGCCGUGUUUUUCCCAUGGACACGAUCGAGCAUCCGUACAUUAUGGGGCGGCGGUCGCGCGACUAGGAUGCCGUGGCGAGGAGCAAGUGAAGAUCAGCCGCCUGGAGAACGGUGGGACCGGGUGGUUGCAAAGUGGAAAGACUGUAUGGCCGUAUGUGCUGGAAAUCAAUUGAGAUUGGUGCAUACGAGAGGAAAUAAACUGAGGGAGAUUAUGGCGUUGACUAUUCGAGAGGAAGAGAGACUUCGAACGGUAACGUGGGCGCUCGAAUUCGAUACGCUUCAUCCGUUGGUAUGCGUUGGGGGUGAUACUGGAAUCAUUCACGUAUUCAACGUCGAAAGUUGGGAGAUGGUCGGGGCCAUGACUGGACAUGGAGGUAGAAUAACCCAUCUGACGACACAUAAAAUACGACCAGACUACAUCCUCUCCUCUUCGCACGACUAUACGGCUCGAAUGUGGUCCUUGGCCGAUCCAGUGGAUGUACCCACCAUGCCAGUAUUUUGGCCCGGUCAGAAAAAAGUCCAGACUGAUAUCAAUGGCGAUUGGGGAUUUGGCCAGAUGGCGAUUGGCCCGUCUGAACGACCGCAUUUCAUCCCCGUCGAUGCGCUUGUCAUGCGCACCGGUCCACCGGGGGGAGUUCCAGACCCGGAGCAAGCGGGAAAGGGAAAAGGAGCGUGCAUUGCGGUGUUUAAAGGUGCUGGGAGUCUACUGGGCGGACACGAUUCAUGGGUCAUGCAUGCUGAUUUCCAUCCUACACGACCUUUUGUGGUUACAUGCGGCGCGGACCGGGCGAUCAAGAUUUGGAGAGUCCCGGAUUUCCCGACGCCCGAGACACGGCCUGAACGGGGCGUGAACUAUCAUAUCGUUGAACGGCCGUUGUUUAGCUGUACCCAUCUCCAUGAGACUGGGGUUGAGUAUGUUUCCUGGUUAAAAGAAGACGUCCUCGUAUCUAUUUCGUCGAAUUUUCCUAGAAUACAUGCAGGUGAUGAGGAAGAGCUAGAUGAUAAAGACCGGAUAGACGUCAGUGGGACGAUUGUGGUCUGGCAGUGGCUGGACUUGAACAGGUUUGCUCCGGAGGGGGCUGAGAUAAAGGAGCAUUUGGUCAAGCCUAGUUACUGGGAUUGGACAGAGAGCCGAUCUUACCUCACCUUGUCGAAAAUAUUCCUUUUUGACGAGGAAGAGUACUCAAUCCAUACGUCAUGGACGUUAUCCUCGAAUUUUGGAUCUCCUCUGUUCUUGUUGACCAAUCGAGGGAACAGGGUCCAUGUCGUCGAUAUCCAAAAAUACAAUCAGUCCCCAGAAGAGGUCAAGUCGCGUAUGAAGGAUCCCGAGAUAAGGGCAGCCCGAAGGGGAAAUCGAAGAGAGGUACGAUAUGGCAACAGAGUUGAACUCAAGGACGUACCACGUGCUCAACUAUAUGCUGGAAAUUCGAGUCAAUCAUAUUCGAUUUUGGGAGCUGUGCAGAAUCCUCACUCGCCUGGUAUGAUUAUCGGGCUGGGAAAAGAUGGGUUGUUGAUGCUGUGGAGGGAUGGAGGACUACGUCCGUGGAGUGAAGGUGUUGGUUUGGGGGCUUAG